AUGACGGACAAGUGGCGGGUGCUCCUCGUUGGCGCCGGCGGCAUCGGCACAAUAGCCGCCCUCAAUCUCGAGCGCGGGGGAUCGGCCGAGGUAGCCGCCGUGCUCCGUUCUAAUCACGACGUUGUGAGUCGCAAAGGCUUCUCGAUAAAGUCGUGCGACCACGGCAGCUUGGAGAACUGGCGGCCCAGUCAAGUCUUGAACGCCGUCCCGGCCAUCCCGGACUCGAACCCCGCUGGACGAUACGACUACGUCGUCUGCUGCACCAAGAACAUCCCCGAUGCCGGCCCGAGCCUUCCUGACAUCAUUGCCCCAGCCGUGUCUCCCAGCCACACCGUCAUCGUCUUGAUCCAAAACGGCCUCAACAUCCAGCGGCCCUUCUUCAGCCGGUUCCCCUCAAACAUUGUCCUCUCGGGCGUAAGCCGGGUCGACGCCCACGAAGUCUCUCCGGGCGUCGUCGAACAAAAGCAGCACGACCUGCUGCACAUCGGCGCCUUCCGAAGCCCCAGGCUCGACGAGGAGCAGCAACAUGAAGCCGCGCGGCAAUUUGUCAAGAUCUACAGCGCGGCGGGGAUGACCACGUGCCUGCAUAGGCCGGACGUCGACUUUGAUCGAUGGAGCAAGCUGGUCUACAACGCCUCCUUCAACCCGAUCUGCGCCCUGACGGGCUUGAAUGCCAGCGAGCUGCAGAUGACGGGCAGGACGAUGGGCUCGAUGGUCGUCCCGGCCAUGAGGGAGGUCCUCGCGGUGGCGGCGGCUGCAGGCCACAGCAUUCCCGAAGACGUCAUAGAGAAGACCAUCAGCCUCAACCCCGUCGAGGACAACAUCAAGCCCAGUAUGCAAGUCGACUUCGAGAAGGGGAACUUGAUUGAGCACGAGAAUAUUCUCGGCGAAGUCGUCCGCGAAGCGCAGAAACACGGGAUAGCCACGCCAAUCUUGGGUGUUCUGUACGAGAUCUGUUGUGCCCACCAGUGGAGGUUCAAGAAGGCCAAGGGCUUGAUAUGA